AUGGCAGAGGCCUUGACCGGCGACUGGAUCAAUGGGCUUGGGCCUGAGGAGUCCGGCGAGACUCCAGCAGAAGAGCCGGAGGAAAGCGAAGCUGGGCCGAAUCGACGAGACCGCAGCAAGCAACACAAGUUCAACGUGUUGCUCGCAGCAGCAGUGCCAGAGAAGAUGAAGACGGAGUGGGAGGCUUUGAGUGCCGGCGGCAACGGCAAGAGGAAGAACCUGACGAAGUUUAUCGAGGACUCAGUGAGUCGUGACCCCGAGACAGGGAAGCUUGCCCUCGCCUGCGAAGCCGCAGAAGUGACGGGGGAAAGCAGUCUGGAGAAGAAGCAGUCCACUGGGUGGGGAGACAAGGGAUUGCCGAGAACGCUCUUUAAAGGGCGCUUUGGGUUGUCGGAUGAGCAGCUCAGGGCCGCAAUCUUGAAUGAUGAAGUUUCCGUUGUCACCCAAGACAACGUGGUGUUCUGUCAAUGGCGAACCUUGAAGUCCACUUCGAUGGACGAGCGAAGGAACGUGGCAAACAUCAAGUCCGAGGCUCUGAGAGUCUCAGGCUGCCAAGCAGGACAACUCCAAAACCUGUUCGACAGUGUGUCGAUGGAAAGGCCUGAGCCGACAGAGGAGGACCUCAGGAACGCCGCUGCCUCAUCGGCUGCUCCGCCGACCGUGGCGGUGCCAACCAUCAAAGCCAUCGAGGACAAGAAGGAGGAGCCUGCCGUGCCAGCGGCCUUGUCAGAGGCCGACUGGUCGAAAGCGGACGGGCUCCUAAAGAAGGCUGAAAGCGCCGUCGAGAAGCUCAAGAAGGUCCUCGCGGGAGUAUCAUAG